GAAUGUAAGCGUCAAGCACAGACAAACGACGAAGAAGAAGAAGCGGAAGUUACGCUGGUCUAAUAUUGUCAUGGCGCCUCGCAUGUAAUUUAACUCAAACUCUUGCAAAUUCAUUCAAGACAUUUGUGAGGAUUAUUAAGGUUGCUGACUUAACACCGGCCUUCAUAAAGACGAAUCCAAAAUGAGCACCCAAUACAGCAUCCUUUUUAAACAGGAGCAUGCACACGAUGAUGCAAUUUGGACGGCGGCGUGGGGGAAAAGUGAUGCGGACGGUUCGGAAACGAUUGUCACCGGCUCGCUUGAUGAUAUGGUCAAAGUGUGGAAAUGGUCAGAUGAGAAACUGGAGCUGCAGUGGACACUGGAGGGCCAUCAGCUGGGUGUCGUGUCAGUGGACAUCAGCCACAACGCCGCCAUCGCCGUCUCCAGUUCGCUAGACGCGCACAUUCGCCUCUGGGACCUGGAGUCCGGGAAACAGAUCAAGUCUUUGGAUGCCGGACCAGUGGACGCCUGGACGGUGGCGUUCUCGCCCGAUUCAAAGUACAUCGCCACAGGAAGCCACCUUGGCAAGGUCAACAUCUUCGGCGUGGAAAGCGGCAAGAAGGAAUACUCUUUGGACACUAGGGGGAAAUUUAUUCUGAGCAUCGCUUAUAGCCCAGAUGGUAAAUAUUUGGCCAGCGGUGCGAUUGACGGCAUCAUUAACAUUUUUGACAUUGCUACCGGGAAACUCCUCCAUACGUUGGAAGGACACGCCAUGCCCAUCCGUUCACUGACCUUUUCUCCCGACUCCCAACUGCUGGUAACGGCAUCUGACGACGGCUACAUCAAGAUUUAUGACGUGCAACACGCGAACCUGGCCGGUACGCUGAGCGGACAUGGAUCAUGGGUUCUCAAUGUGGCUUUCUCCCCAGAUAACACACAUUUUGUUUCCAGCUCGUCGGACAAAAGCGUCAAAGUUUGGGACGCUAGUUCCAGAGCAUGCAUCAACACCUUCUUUGACCACCAAGACCAGGUGUGGAGUGUCAAGUAUAACAGCAACGGUUCCAAAAUCAUCUCGGCUGGUGACGACCGUGCCAUUCAUAUUUACGACUGCCCGAUGUGAGGUGACACAUCUGGUACAAGGGAAGGGACUUUUUUUUAUUUUUUUUUUUAUAAUUUUCUUCUAGCUCAAGAUCAGUUCAAUAAAGCUUUGCUUUUUUUUUUUUUUUUUAAUUUAA